UAAUGUACUGCAUUGUUCUUUGUCAAAUUCUCAAAUUGAUACCUGUUAUCCCAUUAGGUAGAUUCUUCCAAGAAACCAAAGCAAUUGAUGUCAAAUACAUCCGGUCUCCUUACACACUGGAUUUGUUUCCUACUUCUCUUUUCCUGAAGCCUGGGAUUCCAUAUUCAAUCAAGGUGCAGGUGAGGGAUGCCUCUGCCCAUUUCGUAGGAGGGAUUGCAGUAACCUUGACAGCAAACACAAUUGAUAAAACUCAGGAGAAGAGAGAUCUGGAUCCAAGAAAAAGUACAACAAAUUAUAGUGACGGAGUAGCUUCAUUUGUGGUUAACAUUCCCCCUGAUGUGACAACACUGGAGUUUCACGUCAGAACUGAUGACCCAGACCUCCCAGAAGAAUAUCAGGCCAGCAAUGACUAUCAAGCAGUGGCCUACUCAUCACGAAGCCAAAGCUUCCUUUCUCUUAGCUGGACAGACAGCUACAAGAGUUUGCUUGUGGGAGAAUAUCUGAGCAUAACUGUUACCCCUAAAAGUCCAUAUGUUGACAAGAUUACACACUACAAUUACUUGAUUUUGUCUAAGGGCAGAAUUGUACACUUCGGCAAAGAGAAGAAACUCCCAGGUUCACCUUACCAACAUUUAAACCUUUCCGUGACUCAGCACAUGGUUCCUAGAGCCCAUCUCCUGGUCUAUUAUAUCGUCACAGGAGAGCAGGCAGCAGAAUUAGUGUCUGACUCAGUCUGCCUAAAUAUUGAAGAAAAGUGUGGCAACCAGCUCCAGAUCCAUCUGUCUCCAAAUAAAGAUGUGCACUCUCCAGGCGAAGCUAUAUCUCUUCUUAUGGAAACUCAGUCAGAAUCGUGGGUAGCAUUGUCAUCAGUGGGCCGUGCUGUAUAUGGCAUCCAAGAGAGAAGCAAAAAUCCCAUGGAAAAAGUACUUCAAUCUUUAGAUAAAAGUAACCAAGACUGUGGAGCAAGUGAUGGCAUGAAUAAUGCUGAAGUAUUCUACUUAGCAGGACUCACUGUCCUCACCAAUGCAAAUGCAGAUGACUCCCAACAAGAUGCAGAUGGAUUGUUUAAGAAAAUUCUCAGAUCAAGAAGAAAUUUGAAAGAGCAAAUUGAAAACCUAGCAUCCACAUUCAAACACAGCCUGAUCCAGAAGUGCUGUUACCACGGAGCCUAUCGAGGGGAAAAGACCUGCGAGGAGAGAGCUGCCCGAAUUACCAUCCACCCAAAAUGUGCCAGAGCUUUCACUCAGUGUUGCAACCUGGCAACUAAGCUGCGGAUGGAGACUUACAUCCUUGUAAACAUGAGAAGGCGAGGUUUAUUAAAGACAAACAUAGAAGUUGUAAGCAGCACUUUUUUAGAAAACUGGUUAUGGAAAAUAUAUCAUGUCCCUAAAAGGCAUCAGCUAGAGUUGAUACUACCUGAUUUUCUAACUACCUGGGAAAUUCAAGGUAUUGGCAUUUCGAAUAAAGGUCUGUGUGUGGCUGAUGUGCUGCGACUGCAGGUGCAAGAAGAUGAUUUCCUGACCAUAAACAACAAUGUUACAAGAGUCAAUUAAAAGGAACGGUCUCCAACAUAAAAACUCCAGGAACUUGACCCUCAAUUCAGAAACAAUGGUUGGAGCUCCAGCAGCCACCUUGGACCACAAGGUAACACUGAAGAUGGAAAUUAGCAUAGUGGAACAAAACGAUAAUAGCUCCUGCUUUUGAUGACACGUGGAGCUGCCAUUCCAGCCUUGGCCUUCUUUAAUGUGUGAAAGAAAUAAAUGUUUAUCUCAUUUAA